CGACCACUUUUCCAGUGCUGCGCUGGGUGAGAAUUCAAAUGCAUUGGUACGAUGCAGCACACAUGAAAGACGUGCUCGCCAAGGCCAACAUCGCACUCGAGUCCGCGCCGUCCGGUCGCGAGCCCAAGGUGAAGCGGGAUGUGUACGACUACUGGAACGCCAAGCACUCGCGUCUCGUGGCCUUUGCGUGGUGUCCAUACGCUUGGUGUAAAGGCUCUAAGGCGUCUCCACGGUCCUGCUCGGCUCGGCUUCAAGCCGCCUCGAAAAAUGGAGUGUGA